AUGGCCUCAUCAGUACGACCGGUUUCCCGCAUUCUAGGCCGGCUAAGCCGGACCGGCAUCUCGACCCUCGAGUCCAGCGCCCGCAUCCCAACACAGAGAACACCCGCCCUGCUCUCCCGAAGCGUCCUCACAACGCCGAAGCAAAAUGCAAUUGCACCUAGCGCCUCGCAGCAGCGAGGCUUCUCGACCUCCCCCACUUGUCUCCGCGCCAAGACGAUGGGCCAGCUGCGCGCGCGGAACGCAACGGGUCCGUUCUCGUGGAAGGCGGCGCUGCUCUUCGUGCUGACGGGCGCGGGGAUGAUCGUUUAUUUCCGGGUUGAGAAGGAGCGAUUGGAGCGGAAGCGGAUCGCGGAGAUGAGCAAGGGGGUUGGCCGGCCGAAGGUUGGAGGCCCGUUUACGCUGAUGGAUUUGGAUGGGAAGGAGUUUACGGCGGAGGAUUUGAAGGGGAAGUAUAGUUUUGCGUACUUUGGUUUUACGCACUGUCCUGAUAUCUGCCCCGAUGAGCUGGAUAAGAUGGCCGAGAUUAUUGAUCGGGUUAAGGAGGCGACGAAGGGGGAGAAUAUCUUCCUGCCGGUGUUUAUUACGUGUGAUCCUGCGCGCGAUACGCCCCAGGUCCUGCGGGAGUAUCUGAAGGAGUUCCAUCCCGAUAUUAUCGGGUUGACAGGCACGUAUGAGCAGGUGAAGCAUGUGUGCAAGCAGUAUCGGGUGUAUUUCAGUACGCCCAGGGAUGUGAAGCCUGGGGAGGAUUACCUGGUGGAUCAUAGUAUAUACUUUUAUCUGAUGGAUCCCGAUAAUGAUUUCGUCGAGUGCAUUGGCCGGCAGGAUACGCCCGAGUCGGCAUCGAAGGUGAUUCUCCAGCACAUCAAUGACUGGAAGAGGGAGGGAAAGCCCUUGAAGCGGGAUUGA